UAUAGUAAAUAAACAAAGCAAGGACUGCUGUACCUACUGAAUACAUGUAUAAGACCAUCUGCAGAGUUUUAUAGGAAUGUAUAGUUGAAUGAAAUGUUAAACUGUUAUACAAUCUGUACAACAGUAAAUGCAUUAUGCAUUCAACAAUAAAUUAAAUAAGUUCUUAUUUGAAUAAAAACUCAAUUCUCAUGCAUGCACUACAUAUAUUUAUAAACACAAUCUUGGAAAUAUUCUCAAACUGUUCAUUGCAAAGUUCCAUAUAACAAAACUAGCUAAGUACCACAUGUCACUAAAGAGUCUAUCACAAAGAUAAGUAUAGAAUUGUUUGCUUAUAAAUCAUUUAUCAGCAUUACGAAGUAGUUUACACUACAGUAGGUACUUAGAUACCAACAAAUAGUACAUGUUUUCCAUUAUGAAUAUACUUAGAAAACAACAUCAAUCUAGGAAAAUCGAUAACAUCUACAAUACACGGGAGCUAAGGCAUGUUUCAAUAAUUUACACAUUCUCAAACACCGAAAGUUAGAGCAGAAGUAGUCUGUUAUAGGUUUGCUAGCAUGGCGAUGUGUACUGAUACGGACACCGAUUCGGAGAGACCACCAAAUAGAAUUGAGAUUGACUUUAGAAGCACUUGUUACGAAAAGAUACCGCUGUGGAAGUCAUGGGCUGCAAAAGGCAAAGUCCAAGAAGCAAUAAACCAACUAUUAUUUUUAGAAAAACAAACCAGAGCCCACACAUCUGUACCAGACGUUACGGCACGAAUCUUGGUAGCCAUAGUACAGAUAUAUUUUGAAGCUAAAAAUUGGUUGGCUCUUAACGAACAAAUUCUUAUUUCAUCAAGAAAAAGGUCUCAACCAAAAGAGGCUGUUCUAAAAAUGGUACAAGAAUGUAUAACUUUCAUAGAUAAAAUACCAGACAAGGCAAAUAAAAUGAAAUUAAUCGAAACUUUAAGUUUCGUAACAGAGGGCAAAGCUUACCUUAAAGAAGAAACUGCUUUGCUUAUUCGUAUCUUGAAUAAGAUUAAUGAAGAUGAACAAAUUCAAAAUGAAACUCCUGCUGUAAGUGACAGAAGUGUGCCUUUAAACUUUAUGGAUCCAGCUGAUAUUGAAAUUCCGAAAAAGAGAAAAAUAUUAGAUAGGCAUUCCAAAGAAAUACUGUUUAAUUUACACAAAUAUUUCAAUGGCCUAAAAAAUCAAGAUAUGUCGAGUAUCUACCAAACAUCAGCAGCUAAAUUAACAUCAGAUGCGACAGGUGUUCCAUUUUCUUCUGUGAAAAAGGUAAUUUUCGAAAGUAAACGAACUCUGGAAGAAGGAAAGCCUUUUACUUCUUCAAAAAAGUUGUUAGUUUCGAGGAAAAACAAAUUUAACAUCAAUGAUUUCGAUAGGGCUGCAAUUCGGCAGGUAAUCAUCGAUUAUUAUUAUGAAUAUUACAACGAAGAUAAAGAGUUUCCCAUUAUGACAUCUCUGCACGAAGCUGUGAAGGAGAAACUUAAUUAUCCUGGCUCAUGUACUACAUUACGACGGGAAGUAGCACGGAUGGGAUUUCAUUGGAAAAUGACAGAAGGCAAUUCUGGAAUUUUGGUUGAAAAACAUAAAAUACGUUUUCAACGAAUAAAUUUUCUGACUAAAAUUGCUGAAUACAGAUCACAAGGACGACCGAUUGUGUACGCUAGUGAGGUAUACAUAGAUACUUCAAUUUCAUCAAAUCCAUCUACCAGGGGAAAUGGUUUGAUUAUUGUUCAUGCUGGUGGAUCAGACGGCUUCGUCCCAAAUGCACUAGCCAUGUUUGAAACUAAUGAUCAAGUUGAAGCUCGACCGCAUUAUUUGAACACUGAAGAUUUUAUAAAAUGGAUUGAAAAUGACUUGAUGCCUAAUUUGAAACCAAAAAGUGUUGUAGUAAUUGAUAACAUUUUUUAUCAAAAUAUAUUAGAAAAUCCAGCCCCUGGACCUCACGCCUGUAAACAAGAAAUGCUUGAUUGGCUUGAUUUUCGAAAUAUUAUACAUUCGUCUUCUAUGUUAAAACCGCAACUUUAUCAAUUAAUAUUGGAACAUAAGAAAACCUUCAAAGAGUUUAAAAUUGAUUGUAUACUUCGAAAGAAUAAUCAUAGUGUACUUCGUCUUCCACCAUAUCACCCAGAACUAAACCCUUUCAAGAAAACGUGGUUAACAAUAAAACAAAACAUGGGGAAGAGAACCGAAUGGUGUAAGCAAGCUAAAAACAUAACAAAAUUUGUCAAGACCAAAAUAAAUUCAAUUGAUGUACAAGAAUGGAAAAACGCAUGCGAUCAAGCAAUAAGAGAAGAGCGGAAAUACAUAGGCCACGAGGCAGCAAUUGACGCCCUAACAGAGCGAUUAGAGAAAAACGUUUGCGACUCGUCAGAAGAAAGCGAUGCUGAUAACGAUAUUAUAAUGGGUGAAGCAGAAUCUGAUGUAGAACUGACAUAAACUUUAGUUGUGAUAAUUGGGUAAUGGCUAACAAGAAAUUGCUGAUAUAUCAUUAAUUACUCUUAGUUCUUAAAUCUAUUUUUGAUACAUUUUUUUUUAGAAUUUUAGACGUAUAUAAAAUUUUGGACUGGAAAACUGUCUCAUUAGUCGAGUGAUAUGAUUAUAAGUGCAAUCAUCAAGCAUAAGCAAAUUUUACUGGAUCCGAGGUAUUAGGACCAGAAGCAUAGCAGGGUAAAGAUACUAACAACUCUAAUGACACACUUUCAAACAAAAAUUUUUAAAACUGGCAAAUAACAUGACUUCAUACCAUUAUUGUCCAUUAUACCCACUGUCCCACCCCGUACCUAUAUAUUAGGGGAUAAAGGUAAUAUACACUAUGUACAAUAAUUUGAGUCCAAUUGCACAAUCCAGUUUAUUACAAACAAAUGUUAGUAAAAAACAAAUAAAACCUGAUCCCUUCCGAAUCCCGGAAUCCUCCACAAUCCUCAAAUUCCCAAUUCCUAAAA